ACACUGAGGACGCCAGUGAGACAGACCUGGCGAAGCACGAUGAGGAAGACUACGUGGAGAUGAAGGAGCAGAUGUAUCAGGACAAACUGGCAUCUUUGAAGCGACAGCUGCAGCAGCUACAGGAAGGUACCUUGCAGGAAUAUCAGAAGAGGAUGAAGAAGCUGGAUCAACAGUACAGAGAGAGAAUCCGGAAUGCAGAACUCUUCCUCCAGCUGGAAACUGAACAAGUGGAAAGGAACUAUAUUAAGGAGAAGAAGGCGGCAGUGAAGGAGUUUGAAGACAAGAAGGUGGAGCUGAAGGAGAACCUGAUCGCCGAGCUUGAGGAGAAGAAGAAGAUGAUUGAGAAUGAGAAGCUCACGAUGGAGCUGACCGGAGAUUCUAUGGAAGUGAAACCCAUCAUGACCAGGAAAUUAAGGAGGCGACCAAAUGAUCCUGUCCCCAUUCCAGACAAGAGGAGAAAACCGGCUCCUGCUCAGCUAAACUAUUUGUUAACGGACGAGCAGAUCAUGGAGGAUCUGAGAACAUUAAAUAAGCUUAAGUCACCCAAGAGACCAGCUUCCCCAUCCUCUCCUGAACACUUGCCUGCCACACCUGCAGAGUCUCCAGCCCAAAGAUUUGAAGCUCGGAUAGAAGAUGGCAAACUGUAUUAUGAUAAAAGAUGGUACCACAAGAGCCAAGCCAUCUACCUAGAGUCAAAGGACAACCAGAAACUGAGCUGUGUCAUCAGCUCUGUGGGAGCCAAUGAGAUCUGGGUGAGGAAGACAAGUGACAGUACUAAGAUGAGGAUCUACCUGGGCCAGCUGCAGCGUGGGCUCUUCGUGAUCCGCCGGCGAAAAUUCUUAACUUACCGGGACUAGCUACUUGGCCUGGGACAUGGAGAGCACUGUGGAAUCGUCAAGGCACUGACUCACAUGGCCGGCCACUUCCGUCUCUGUACCGUUCUUUCCUGCCUCGGCUCCCUCCAGACUCAGUCACCAGAGACUUACUUUCAGGAGUGUUGGGGGCCUCAUCCACUUUCCUUUUAAGUCCUUAUUUUUGUUUAUACUUGAUCCUUUUUUUUUUUUUUUUUAAACCCUCCUUUGAGUUUAAAGGGGAGCUCCUUUUAAUAAGUGUCUUGAGGUCUUUCUCCCAGGAAGAGCAGCCAGUGUGUUCUGUCUGAAUCUGAUUGGUGGAUUGUGUGCCUGCUCCCCUUGUUAGGCCCAGAAGUGUGGGGCAGGAGAGUUCUCUUGCCUCUACCUUCUCGGAGAAAUAAAUGAUGUGUAACAUCUCAUCUGCCUUGCGCUUGCCGCUGGCUGAGCGACCGGAGCUUCAGCCCUCACCCUGGGGACUGCAUCCAAUGGAUGGGGCUGGGAGAGGGGACAUUGCAUAUUCCUAACACGCUGGAGUCACCACUCUGAAUGUUCUUGAAUGCACAUGAUUUAUUUAGACACACCUGUCCUUGCUCAGGGUGGAAGAAGUGGUAAUUUCAGAAGUUUCCAUUUGUCAUUCCUCUCUCCAGCUUCCAAUGGCUAGAAAGAAGAUCACAUGCCCCACUGUGGUCUGGGUUUUCUCUGCUAGUUGAUGUGACAAGGUGGGUGUUGCAAUAACCAGUCUGUUGUUGCUGGACCCACCACAGGACCCCCAAACUCACCCAAGAUUUUGCCCAUGUUGGUGACAGGGAGAGCUCUGUCAUGCUGCAGCCACCAAAUCUGUAUGCUUUUUCUUGAGAACACCCCCAGUGAAGCCACCUAUCACGGCUCUCUGUUCCUCCCUGGCCCUUUUAUUGUUCCUCACCAGCGAGGCAGGGGGUUCUUUGUGCUCUAGCUGCCAUGUGUGAAGAGGCAGGUUAGAGCAACUGUCAACAUCUCUCUGGACUACCAAUAGGCUGUCUAUACUUUACAAUUCCCGCCCCCUCCCCCAACAGGAUUUCUGUGUGCAGCCCUGACUGUCCAGGAACUUAUUCUGUAGACCAGACUGGUCUUGAACUCAAGAGAUCUGCCUGCCUUUGCCUCCUGAGUUCUGGGGAUUAAAGGCAUGUGCCACCGCCACCUGGCUUUUAGGAAUCUUUACAAGUAAUCUGUUUUGCUUAGUUCCUUGGACUCCGUUCAUGUUGCCUCUCGAUGUGGAUAGCCACAGUGGUGGCUGUGACUUGUUAGAAGAAAGACUUGUACAGACCUAUUGUUCUAAUUUAUAUCCAUUCUCUCUCUCUUAUUGGAAUUUUUAAGAAACCAUGAUAAACGAUGAUGUUUAUUAAUUAAAAGUUGCCAAGUGGUC